GUUUGAAGACCGAUACUAAGGUUGACAAUGAAAUAGAUGUUAAUGCGUUUACUAGAGGUGAAUCAUUUAACAUUAUUAAGACCGUUACAGAUGUGAUAUUUAAUAAUGAAGGUUUGAAGACCAAUAUCAUAAACUGUGAUACUAAGGUUGAAAAUGAAAUAGAUGUUAAUGCGUUUACUGGAGGUGAAACAUUUAACAUUGAGGAUUCGAUUAAGACCGUUACAGAUGUGAUAUGUAAUAAUGAAGGUUUGAAGACCAAUAUCAUAAACUGCGAUAUUAAGGUUGAAAAUGAAAUAGCUAUCAACACGUAUAUUGGAGGUGAAUCAUUUAACAUUGAGGAUUCGAUUAAAACUGUUACAGAUUCUAUUGGAGAUGAAUCUUCUAAUAUUGGACACUUUCUUAAUACCAGUAUGGACGUAUUAAAUAAUACCAAAUGUAUGGACACUAUUAUUAUAGAUUUAGGUACUAAGGCUGGGAAAGAAAUAGAUGCCAGCAUGAACAUUGAAUUUAGCACUUUUGCAAGUGUGGCAUGUAGUAAUGAAAGUGUAGUGACUAAUAUCGAGAGUUUAUGUAGUAUUAAUGUUGGAAAUGAAAUAGGUGUUAACACGCCUAUUAGCAAUGUAGUAUUUAAUCAUGGAGCACUUCAUUUCAAACAGUAUUUUUAA